AACGCAGCGCAGCCCGAGCUCGAUCCCUGGACAAGCUACGCAUCCUUCCAUUUCUUAAAUUAGCCACCUUAAGCUUCGAGAUACCGCCCCCAAUUUCAGUGUCGGUACGGAGCCGCCGGGCCGGGACAGAGACGGAGAGAGAGCCCUCGGCCAUGGAAGCGCUCGGACCCGGCCCGCCUGCUCCUACCUCCCUUUUUCAUCCUCCACGCCGGCCUGGCUUUGGCUCGGUGGGGAAGCCGAUUCGCCUGCUGGCCAAUCACUUCCAGGUGCAAAUCCCCAAAAUCGAUGUCUACCACUAUGACAUUGAAAUCAAGCCAGAGAAACGACCUCGAAGGGUUAACAGAGAGGUGGUGGACACAAUGGUGAGACACUUCAAGAUGCAGAUCUUUGGGGAUCGGCAACCUGGAUAUGAUGGCAAGAGGAACAUGUACACGGCUCAGCCACUGCCCAUCGGGAGAGACAGGGUGGAUCUGGAGGUGACCCUGCCUGGUGAGGGGAAGGACCAGACCUUUAAGGUGUCUCUGCAGUGGGUGUCAGUGGUCAGCCUGCAGAUGCUCCUGGAAGCUCUGUCUGGUCACCUGAAUGAGGUUCCUGAGGACUCCGUCCAGGCCCUGGAUGUUAUUACACGCCAUCUUCCCUCCAUGAGGUACACUCCUGUCGGCCGCUCUUUCUUCUCUCCUCCUGAAGGUUACUACCACCCGUUGGGAGGAGGGAGGGAGGUGUGGUUUGGGUUCCAUCAAUCUGUCCGUCCAGCCAUGUGGAACAUGAUGCUCAACAUCGAUGUUUCAGCCACUGCAUUCUAUCGUGCCCAGCCAGUGAUUGAGUUCAUGUGUGAGGUUUUAGACAUCCAAAACAUCAAUGAGCAGACCAAACCCCUGACAGAUUCUCAACGUGUCAAGUUCACCAAGGAGAUCCGAGGACUGAAAGUGGAGGUCACACACUGUGGUCAGAUGAAGAGGAAGUACCGUGUGUGCAAUGUCACGCGCCGCCCAGCCAGCCACCAGACAUUUCCCUUGCAGCUAGAAAAUGGACAGGCCAUGGAAUGCACUGUAGCCCAAUAUUUCAAACAGAAGUACAGUCUGCAGCUCAAAUAUCCCCACCUGCCCUGCCUUCAGGUGGGGCAGGAACAAAAGCACACAUACCUACCCUUGGAGGUUUGUAACAUUGUGGCAGGCCAGCGCUGCAUAAAGAAGCUGACUGACAACCAGACCUCCACCAUGAUCAAAGCCACCGCUCGCUCAGCUCCAGACCGCCAGGAGGAGAUCAGCAGGCUGGUCAAAAGCAACAGCAUGGUAGGCGGGCCUGACCCCUACCUCAAAGAGUUUGGCAUCGUGGUGCACAAUGAUAUGACGGAGGUGAUGGGGCGGGUCCUCCCAGCGCCCAUGCUGCAGUAUGGGGGCCGGGUGAGUACAGACACUGGGAGGGACUGUGGCAGGGGACUCUCUCCCCAGAACAAGACGGUGGCUACGCCCAACCAGGGCGUGUGGGACAUGAGGGGGAAGCAGUUCUAUGCAGGCAUCGAAAUCAAGGUGUGGGCCGUGGCCUGCUUUGCCCCUCAGAAACAGUGCCGUGAGGACUUACUCAAGAGCUUCACAGACCAGUUGAGGAAAAUCUCUAAGGAUGCAGGCAUGCCAAUCCAGGGCCAGCCCUGCUUCUGCAAGUAUGCCCAAGGAGCUGACAGUGUUGAGCCCAUGUUCAAGCACCUUAAAAUGUCUUACGUUGGUCUGCAACUCAUUGUGGUCAUCCUGCCUGGAAAAACACCUGUCUAUGCGGAGGUGAAGCGUGUUGGGGACACUCUGCUGGGCAUGGCUACCCAGUGUGUGCAGGUGAAGAAUGUGGUGAAGACCUCCCCACAGACGCUCUCCAAUCUCUGCCUCAAGAUUAACGCCAAGCUGGGUGGCAUCAAUAAUGUCCUGGUGCCCCAUCAGAGGCCCUCUGUAUUCCAGCAGCCAGUGAUCUUCCUUGGCGCUGAUGUUACUCACCCACCAGCAGGAGAUGGGAAGAAGCCAUCCAUUGCAGCGGUGGUGGGCAGCAUGGACGGCCACCCCAGCCGAUACUGUGCCACGGUGCGAGUGCAGACCUCACGCCAGGACCUGUCCCAGGAGCAGCUCUACAGUCAGGAAGUCAUACAGGACCUCACCAACAUGGUGCGCGAGCUGCUCAUCCAGUUCUACAAGUCUACCCGCUUCAAACCCACGCGCAUCAUCUACUACCGUGGAGGUGUGUCGGAGGGGCAAAUGAAACAGGUUGCAUGGCCGGAGCUGAUAGCCAUCAGGAAAGCAUGUAUCAGUCUGGAGGAGGACUACAGGCCAGGGAUCACCUACAUUGUAGUGCAGAAACGCCACCACACUCGACUCUUCUGCUCUGACAAAGCCGAGAGAGUUGGGAAGAGCGGUAAUGUUCCAGCAGGCACUACAGUGGACAGUACUAUCACCCAUCCCUCAGAGUUUGACUUCUACCUGUGCAGCCAUGCUGGUAUCCAGGGCACCAGUCGUCCUUCACACUACCAUGUGCUUUGGGACGACAACUGCUUCACUGCGGACGAGCUACAAUUGCUCACCUAUCAGCUGUGCCACACAUACGUGCGCUGCACACGCUCAGUUUCCAUCCCUGCGCCGGCCUACUAUGCCCGGCUUGUUGCCUUCCGUGCCCGUUACCACUUAGUGGACAAAGACCAUGACAGUGCGGAGGGCAGUCACGUAUCAGGCCAGAGUAACGGUCGGGACCCUCAGGCCCUGGCUAAGGCCGUCCAGAUUCACUAUGACACCCAGCACACCAUGUACUUCGCCUGACUACUUCAACCAGCAGGAGAUGCACUUCAACGCUCCCUCUUCAGUCUUCAGUCUAUCUCCUAUCUCUUUCUGUCUUGCUUUCUCUCUCUCUGUCUCUUUUUCUUCUCUCUCUGUCUAUCGUGUCUUCAUCAACACCAAAGCGGUUCCAAAGCCAGCGGGCCGACCACAAGUCCAGUUCUACCGGUCAGCCUCAGAGGAACCGCCCACCAGCAAUCCUGCACUGAGAGACCGCUGGUCUCCAAGGCACAGAGAAAAAAUUGAGCCAUUUUGAAUUUGUUUUUCAGUUUUGAAUGUCUUUUUUCCUUUUAUUAUUUGUAAUAUACACUGAGUGUGAGCGAACCUGCGCCAUUUCGUCAGGACAGCUCUGGCUCUCUCAGCUAAGCUGGACUCUGUCUACCUUUACCUCAAGCCAAUAUUGGCUGAAACUUGUCACAUUGUCUUUUUGGGUGGGAUGGGGCUUGCAUGAUUUGAGAAUGGUUGGGUUUUUUGUUUUGUUUUGUUUUUUUUGUUUGGUUUUUUUUUUGGUUUUUUUUUCUCUUUCUGUCCUUUUUACAGUCGUAUUUUAACUCUCUCCGCUCAGUCUUUUACAAACGAGGUGACCUGGGUAUCCAUACCCAUUACUCUUCUCCCAUUUUGCAGAGAAGUGUGUAAGUGUGUAAGUGUGUAAGUGUGUAAGUGUGUAAGUGUGUAAGUGUGUAAGUGUGUAAGUACAAGUUUCAUGGCAGGCCACUGAAUUGUAAAGGGAAAUCAAGGAGUUAACUGCUGUAAAUGCCUCAGU